AUGAUCAUAAAGGUAAGCGAUAUAUUUGAAACUUCCUUAACAGAUGGAUUAACUGAGGAAUAUGCUACGGCAAAGAACAAAUAAUAUGGAGAUAAUAAAUUGACAGAAAAAAAAGAAACCAUGGUGGAUUAAGUUGAUCCUUGA